GGAGGCUCUUUGCAAGGCUGGUCCUUCCCUCCUUCCUCCAGGCUGGUCCCUGAAGAGCAGCAUCUGCCUCUGCCCAACCCCUUCCAGCCAGGCCAGGAGCAGCUUCGACUUCUGCAGAGCUACCUAAAGGGACUAGAGAAGAUGGAAGAGGAGCCGGAGCACAUGAGCCGGGAACAGGUUCUCCUCUACCUCUUUGCCCUCCAUGACUAUGACCAGAGUGGACAGCUGGAUGGCCUAGAGCUGUUGUCCAUGUUGACAGCAGCUCUGGCCCCUGGAGCUGCUGACUCUCCCACCACCAACCCGGUGAUCCUGGUAGUGGAUAAGGUGCUGGAGACCCAGGACCUGAAUGGGGAUGGGCUCAUGACCCCUGCAGAGCUCAUCAACUUCCCCGGAGAGGCCCCCAGGCUUGCAGAGCCCAAAGAGCCCCUGGGGCCACAAGAAGCUGAGACGCAGCCUCUGCUGGCUAAAACUCCAUCAAGACAAGAAAUACAUGAAGCCCUGGGUCCUGGAGAAGAAGCUGGGGGACAGAUGGCGGUCAGAAGGGAGUCCUCGGAGCCUGUACAGGAGGCUGAGGGACAGGCAGAGGCUGAAAAAGAAGCCCCAGGCCCAGGAGGGGAGAUUGGGAGACAGGCAGAGGCCAGGGACACUGGAGAGGGAGCAGAGGAGCUCCCAGGGGAAACACUGGAGUCUGAGAACACCCUAAAUGAGUUUGAGGUCCAUGCUAUUCAGCUGGAGAAUGAAGAGAUAUAAACCUUGAGGAUACAGGUUUGCACCCUAUAAGUCUCAGUGCUAGAACAUAAACCGUGAAGGGUGGGUGGGGUGUGUAUGUUGGGACGAUGACCCCUUCUGUUCCCUGUUCCUGGCCCCAGUAGGCGGCAGGUCUUUCUGUGCAGCUCAGGGAGACCCUAAGUUGAAGGGCAGCUUUAGGGUCCGGACAACCAAUAAAGAACUGAAUGAACUCA